AUGAUAACUAGUAGACAUGAAACAUCUAGCAUUUUGGCUGAGAGUGGAUCUAUUGAAGCAAAGGCGAACAAGGCAAAAAGAUCAAAGGUAGGAAAAUCAAUUGAUGAUGAUGAAGAACCCUGGGUUGAUGAAGAAGAAGAAUAUGUUGGUAUAAAUGAUGAGCUUCCAUAUAUGUCAGAUGUAGAGGCACAUGCUGAGGCAAACAACAGAUCAGAUCAUGCUCCAUCUGAUUCUGAUUUUGAUUCUGAUUCUAGUGUGAAUGAUGAACUCCUAGUUGAUGACGAAGCUGGAUGUGAUGUACUUGAGCAUGUCACUAACUUAGAAAACCCCACCAUAGCCCUCAAUGUGACAUUUGAGGAUGGGGAUACAUUUAAGAGGGCAAUUAGACAAUAUGCAGUACUGAAUGAGUUUGAAAUUGCAGCUCCUUACAGUGAGAGGACAAGAUAUAGAGGGCAUUGCAAGGGCACACAGAGCAAAGGGAAGAGGUGUAAAUGGAGGAUUCAUGCUUCUGAGUUGCAGGAUGGACAAACUUGGCAGAUAAAGAGGCUAGUGGACAAGCAUACAUGUGCCAGCAGAGCCAAGGUUGACCACAAUUCCAUGGCAACUAAUGCUUGGGUUAGGGACAGGGUCAUUGAUAUUCUAAGGGAGGAACCAACAACUGGAGCUGCUGCUCUAAAGAAGAUGUUAGAGAAGAAGUACAACAUAAAGCUAUCAUACUAUGUGGCCUGGGAUGGAAAAGAGAUGGCUCUGGAACAGAUCAUGGGCAAAUGGGAUGAUAGUUUUGAAGACGCAUUUAGAUUCAAGGCUGAGGUUGAGAGGACCAAUCCUGGGAGUCUAGUGGAGAUUGAUCAUCAAAAGAUUGGAAAUAAAGUGAGGUUUACAAGGAUGUUUGUUGCCUUAAAGACAUGUGUUGAUGGAUUUCUGACUGGUUGUAGACCAUUUCUAGGUGUGGAUUCACCUGUCUUAACUGGUAGGUGGAGAGGACAGCUUGCAUCAGCCUCAACAGUUGAUGGCCAUAACUGGCUUUUUCCAGUAGCUUAUGCUGUUUUUGAGUCAGAAUCAAGUGACAAUUGGAAGUGGUUCUUUGAAAGGUUGCAAAUUGCUAUAGGCUCACCACCAGGGCUUGUUAUCUGUACAGAUGCAGGAAAAGGGAUUGACAAUGCUGUGACAUCAGUGUUCUCAAAUGGGGUAGAACACAGGGAGUGCAUGCGCCACUUUGUUAAGAACUUUCAGAAAAGCCGCAAGAGGCAAUUGGACAAUGCAGAUGGUGCUACCUCACCUACACCUGAUGAUCAGAAGGCUAACAAGCUAAAGAAAAGGAAGGUGCAGAACAAGCAGACCAAGAAGCAGUUGCUUAUGAACCGACUGUCUGAGCGAAAGUCUUUGUCUCCUAAAAUACCAGACUUGUUGGCUUAG